AAGAACCUGGAGUAGGAACCCUGGCACCACCUGUCAUGCUGGAGCUUCGUCUUUCUCGCAACCCGCGGCACCUACAGAGCAGUUUGGGGAGGUGCCUAGGGAGGGGCUCCAGCUUGCUUUGUUCUCUGAACUUUCGGCUAAACCAAUGAGCAGGGCGCCAGGUGGCGAAAUCUCUCAGAAGCCUAGUGUGAGCUCGGAGCACUGGGCCGGAGGCGCGCGCACGCGCGCGCGCAGUUCUGGGGUUUGGGCAGGGGCGCAGAGGUCCAUGGGGAAGUAUUGCGCGCGAGGUUCGGGAAGACUACUACGCUCAGCGUGGAGCGGGAGCUGCCCCGGGUGCUAGGCGGAGCGCUAGUCUGCCGUCGGCCCGUAACCUGAAUCAGGGAGCUCGCGGGAGCCAGCCAGCCAAUAGUAGGGUCUGAACCUCGCCAAGAGCUUCUAGGCUGUGGCAGCUGCAACCACAACAACUGCAGUACCGGGAGUAGCCGAGCCUUCCCGCCCGAAGCGCGUGCUCAGACACUGACUAGGAACAAAAGAAGUUGGGAUGAGACUGGGGAGUUUGCAAAAGGAAAGUGAAAGCCGGAAUAGGCGACUCGAAGCUGUGGCUGGGUGAGAAACUAAGCGACAGUUCCCCAGACGCGGCUGAGCGUCAUGAGCCCAGGAGUGCGGAAUUCUGCACUAGAUCCCCAAGGCUAGCUUUCCCGGGCCGCCGUCCUCGUGGGGGCCAGCUCCGCAGUCAUGGCCAUAGCCCACUUGGCUACGGAGUAUGUGUUCUCGGAUUUCCUGCUCAAGGAGCCCUCUGAGCCCAAAUUCAAGGGGUUGCGCCUGGAGCUGGCUGUGGAUAAGAUGGUCACUUGUAUCGCCGUGGGGCUCCCCCUGCUCCUCAUCUCGCUGGCCUUCGCACAGGAGAUCUCCAUUGGUACACAGAUAAGUUGCUUCUCUCCCACUUCCUUCUCCUGGCGCCAGGCUGCUUUUGUGGACUCCUACUGCUGGGCAGCAGUUCAGCAAAGGCAUCCAUUGAACAGUGAUUCAGGAAACCUCCCUUUGUGUCUCCAUAAGUUUUUCCCUUACAUUUUGUUGCUGCUCGCCAUCCUAUUGUACUUGCCUACUUUGUUCUGGCGUUUCACUGCAGCCCCUCACCUUUGUUCAGAUAUGAAGUUUAUUAUGGAGGAACUUGACAAAGUUUACAACCGUGCCAUUAAAGCUGUGAAGAGUGUCCGUGGUGUCGAUGUGAGAGAUGGUGCCGGCCCAUUUGUGGCUUCAAUGAAUGAGAAUAUUGGGCAAAGUCUCUGGGAAAUAUCUGAAAGCCAUUUCAAAUAUCCAAUAGUAGAACAGUACUUGAAGACAAAAAAGAAGUCAAAGAAUUUAAUAGUCAAGUACCUUAUCUGCCGGGCUGUGACUUUCAUGAUUAUACUGCUGUCCUGUGUCUACCUGGGAUAUUACUUCAGCCUUUCCUCCCUCUCUGAUGAGUUUGUCUGUAGCAUCAAGUCAGGAAUCUUGAAGAACGACAGCACGGUUCCCGAGCAAUUUCAGUGUAAACUCAUAGCAGUUGGGAUUUUCCAGCUUCUCAGCUUCAUUAACUUGGUGGUUUAUACUCUUUUGGUGCCUGUGGUUGUGUAUACAUUCUUUGUGCCCUUCAGGCAAAAGACUGAUGUUCUCAAAGUCUAUGAAAUCCUGCCCACUUUUGACAUUUUGCACUUCAAGUCAGAAGAAUACAAUGACUUGAGCCUCUACUAUCUUUUUCUGGAAGAAAAUAUAAGUGAACUUAAGUCCUAUAAGUGUCUUAAAGUCCUGGAGAACAUUAAAAGGAACAGUCAAGGGAUUGAUCCCAUGCUACUUCUGUCCAACCUUGGGAUGAUCAAGACUGAUGUUGUAGAUGGUAAAACUACGAAGCCUGCAGAGAAAAUGGGAACAGAACCUGGGAAUGAUGCAACAGAGCUCAAGGUUUUGACAGAUGAAGAUAUAAGUGAUGACGCCAAAAUAGAUAAUGAAGAGAAGAAAAUUCGCCAGAGACUUCUAGAGUCAUCACAAUGACCUUUUCCCUCAGAUUUUCAAUGUUGUUACUUUUACAAUGAGUAACGUCCUGUUGAUGGUGCAAGCCUUGCUGACCAGAGAAAUUAAGGGAUUAGUCUUUCAAUCACCUUGCAUUGUGCCUGACUCACAACAGGUACACAGUUGGUGAGGAUGGUGAAGAAUGUAUCAUGGUGUCUGCACUGGGAUGAUGAACUCUAAGAUUCUCAGUAUUGUGAACAAGAGGCAAAAUAACAGCUUUGAGAAUAUCUUGAAUAAAUUGCACAAGAGCUGAGUAGAAUGCCUCAAGUACAGCUAUCAAAACCAUUUUAAUUUGUAAAUAAUAAAAUAGUAAAAGGUAUGAAAAGAAGUGACACCAGAGCAGAGACCUAGAGAAAAGCUUUUCCAUGGAAAAUAAUGAUUUGUUCCAGAUCAACAAAAAGAUAUGGACUUACAAAAGAUAGGAAUCAAGUAAGGAUAUCAGGGAACAUUUAAGUUCCUAGCAUACUUUGUAAUCACUGCUGGACCAUAAAGCAUUCUACAAGUUAGAUAAGAAUGAAAAUGGGUAUGAAAACUGACUUCCUCCUACAUGUCUUAAUUUGGAAAUAAUUAGACUCUAUUGUUAAAACUUUUGAUAUACAUUUUAGGUUUUUUGGACUACUUAAUUUAGGCAGUUUUUAAAUCAGACCAGUUAGAUUCCUUCAACAAAGACAUGAAGUGUUUUGUUUUGUUUGCAACAAAUAUUGUUGUAAAAUAAACAUUUAAGCCAUGGCAUCAAAGGAUAAAGAACACUAAUCUGAAAGAGUCUAGUUUAGAUAGACAAAAACAACUUAUUAAGUGCUCAUCUGGAUGACUCCAAAUAUUGCCUUGCUUAAAAAACCUUAGCAUAGAAAUCCGAGCUGACAAGGUAGAACAUUCAAGGAAAGACUUUUUCAUAUUGCAAAGGUAGCCACUUCCCAAAAGGAUUUCCUACAGAAUUACUUCCAACCGUGAGCUUACCUAAUGCUUCUAAGAUAUGAUUCAAUUUAAGCAAAACUUGAAGGGGAUGUUUCUUCAGCUGAAAAUAAGUCAAAUCUGUAUUGGAUUUCCAUCAGAAAGCAUUAAAUAAUUCCUGCCAAAUAUGUCUCUUUAAGAAAAAAGAUUCAACGCAUAGUACUAAGGCCAUUUGGCCUCUUGUUUUUCAGAAAUAUUUUAUAGACAGUUUAAAAAAAUAACAAGUAUAAGCAUGCUGUGUGCAAGGGGGUAGAUCAAGUAAUUCCUAGACAGUUUUUUGUGGGGAGAAUUUGAAGCCAUUGUGUAGAUCUUACUUCUAUUUAAAUAUUAUGAUGUAAAUCUUUUUAAAAGUUGCAUUUGUAAAUCUUCCCUUGUGAUGUUAAAAGUAAACUGUAUAGUUAGAAGUGAGUAGUGGUUUUUAGUUAAGCAAACCUAAAUCCUCACCAGUUAGACAUUGUUGUUUACCCAUCUAAUUGUUUAUGGGACAAUUGCAUAAGAUGACAUUACAGUGUCUGCCUUUCAUAGUUUUUUUAAAGGAUUGAUUUUUCUGUGAUGAGUUCUAGAAUAGCUAACGAUGUGCAUUAAGAAGUCAGUGUUAAAAAUCUUUUUCCAUUUCAUGAUGUUCUUUGAGGCUCUGGUAUUAUCAUUUGGAAUGUAUUUAUUUCUCUGUGACCUCAGACAUAUGGACAGCUUUGGUCUUCUGCUAUAUUAUCAUGUAUGUUUUCAUACCAGACUUGCUAAAGCUUAGCUCUGCUGCUGAUGGGAUUCUGGUUUACAGUUUAAACGUUUGUUUCAAGAACCCGAUGUGUGCCCCUCAUGCAGCCUAUUUUAGUUUUAUUUUCAAACUUUUAAAUGCCAACAUACUGCCUUUUUUUGAUGGCUCUCGGCUCUAUGGCCAGCAGGGUAAAGUGGUAACAAAGCUAAAUGUUCUGGACUUGGAAUCAGAAGAAAAAAUGCUCACUGGACAGUCCUGAGCAAAUCACUUAACCUCUUUAAGCCUCAGAAUCUGUAAAAUGGGUAUCAAAAUCUCAGUGUUAAUAAUAGUAGCAUACAGUGCUAUUGAGAGGAUCAAAUGAGAUAUGUAUGUAAAGUGCUUUGUAAAGCUUAAAGCAAGAGUAGGUAAACUGUGGCAAGCAUUUGGCUCUCUUGUUUUUACACAGCCCAUGAGCUGAGAAUGUUUCUUACAUUUUCAUUUUCAAAUGUAAAAUUAUUAUUUAAAAAAAAAUUUUAAAGGCAUACUUAACUUUUAGGUAAGGGCUUAAGGAAGGGUUGACUUGGUAGACCCUUGCCUUAAAGCACAAUAUUUAAUUAAUGUUAUUAUUUUAUUCACUAAUACUAACAAAUGUUAUUAUGUUCUCAUAUCUGGUGAUUUUGAAGCAUCUCAUCAAGGUUGCUACAAUUAACUUAAUUUUGUCUUCUUUCAUUUCUCUCUGACUACUUUCUGACCAGAGGUAUUAAUGAGUAGGAGAGAGAAAGAAGCAUAAGCAAAGGUUUUCUCCUCUCCUAACCUAUCUCCUAGGGGAUUAAAUAAUCCUGGGUAACUGGCUCUGUUCCAUACAGGGGGAAAAAACCCAUCUCCACACUGUGAAGAGACUCUUCACCAGUGGGGGAUGGAAGGAGGGAGAUACCACAGAUAAUUUAUGUUCUCUCCAAAGGAUUGUGCCCUGUCAUGUCCCUUCCUUGAUUCCUCCAGGGACCUAUGUGGUUUGAUUGGUUACAAAGGGCCCUAUCUAGUGGUGGCUUCUUAUCUCCAGUCUUUACUCAUAGGUUUCUAGAUAAUGGGUCUGGAAAGAAACUUAAAAGUCCUAAAGUUCCUGCUCCCUCAUUUUAAAAUGAAGAAAACUACAGUCAGGAAAAGUUAGGUGACUUGUCUAAGGUCACCCAUGAAGAGACAGAACCAUAGAACUCAGGUCCUAUAACACCAAGUUUAGCCCUCUUUCUUCUCUACCAUAAUGAUACCAAUUGGCAGUAGAACAAUAAUAAUUUUUUUCCCUUAAGAAACUUGUAUAUUUGUGGGAGUGAAAGGGUAACCUUUGAGUAAAAUCCAGUCCAUAAAGUUGCCAGUCAGGGAGAUGUCAGAGAUGAUUUUGCAAGCUGUGGCUAACUCUCUGACAUUUCAAUCCCAAGCUGAGGAAGCAGGUCAGCUAUUGUGGCUAAAGGUUCUUUUGUCUUGCAUGCCUUCCAUAAGGAGGAGUCAGCCUGUAUUCUCUUUUAUAAAAAGGGAACAAUCAUUCCCUAAUAUUAUUACCUUAAACCUUGGGUUCAUAAACCUAAUUUUAAAAAAAUUGAUAAUGGGUUUGACUAUAAUUGGUUUCAUUAGUAAUCCUUUGUAUUUUAUUUUACAUACUUAAAAAACAUUUUCCAAGAAAGACACCAGACUGCCAAAGGAGUCCAUAGCAUAAGGAAAGGUUAAGAACCUCUGCUAUAGAUUUACUGAUUAGUUCUAGCUCCUAAUCUUUCUGCUAGCUUCAUUUUUUUGGAUUUUGGAUUUGGAUUCACAGAUGCAGGCCACUAACUCUAUAUUGUCUUCUAAAGUUGCUCCGAACAUGGAAGGGUUAAGUAACUUGCCCAGAGCCCGAGAUAGCCAAUAUGUAUUAAAAGCAGGAUUUAGACCCAAAUCUUCUUAAUAUCAAGUAUGUCAACUCUGCCAUGCUUCUACAAAAAUCAAGCCAGAUAUGACAUUGUUGCAGGAAAAAUAGUAUUUUAGCCAGAUUUUUUUAACCAAAAGAAUAGCCUGACACUCCUGGCAAUAAACUAUUCACAUUAUAUUUUCCACACAAUAGUCCUAUGAGGUAAUUCCUUCACUUUUACUACUCUGAUCCCUAUUUUACAGAUCAGGAAACUGAGACUCACAGAGAUGAAGUGACUUGCCCAAGUUCCAAGUCCAAUACUGUUUCUGCUAUAACACAGCAAUUGCUUAUUUUUGAACACUUACAAGAGUGUAACCACUUUCUAAGGCCAAAAAUGAGAUGAGUAUGUGAGCAAGGUGUGGAAUGAUUCACUGACAAAUCAUAGCCUUCUAUUAGCCCUAUCUGCAUCAACCUAAAACAUGGAGGACCACCUUAGGAUUUGCUGAAUUAACUCUUGCCAGCCUUUGAUUUAACCCUCUUAGUUCAAGUCACUGGCUAUAGGUUACAGGCUUGAUUGAACAAGGGAAAUGUGAGAGUGAGCAGAAAUGUGUUAUAGCUGCAGUGUCUUGGAAGGACAAUCAAAGGCCUUGACUUCCCCAAGGAAAGAAGGUUAGCCCCUUGUUUACUUAAAGGAGAUACUUUUUUUUUUCUGACAAAAUGAUGAAUUUAAGCUGAAAAGGUGAAUCAUUGUUCCUCAUCUAUCUUUCACUGAGCUUUGGGAAUAUGAAUUUGGCAAUGCUUGUAAACAGGCUUUGAGCCCCCUUUAAAGUGAUGCUGCAGAAAAACUAAGUGAUUUCCAUUUGUUUUGAACCUUCUAAUUCUAUACCUUUCAAGGAUGUGGAAAAAUCUGUUCACUCUUCAGAGACAUAUCUAAAAUGGACUACAUGGGCCUUGCUCAAAUGUGGGAAACCUUUUAGAGCUGCUGUUUCUGCCUUGUAAAAAACUGAUGGAGCCAUCUUUGCACAAAUGGGAAUCAGUUCACCCACUUUUUUACAGGAGAAAUCCAACUUCUGAAAUUCUAAUCCUUACGUAGGUACCUUUUCAUGUUGAUUCUCUUUCUUUUGCUUGGCUCAAACCACAGGUGAUGCCAUUUGUAUUACUUUAAGACUCAAUUCCUUGUGAGUUGAGGCUUUGUUUUUUAAUAGUCUUCAGUGAUUUUUUGUAUUUGGGCAAGACUCAUUUAGCUAUUUGCAAUUCUGUGAAAACUAUCAGGAUUCCACAUACAGGUGGUCAUCAUAUUCUCAGUGUUAGGACACUCCUUCUGCAAGCUAUCAAGGACCAUUUCAUGUUUACUCAGACCAACCAAGAAGCCCUGAAAGUUUGAAGACCAUGGAAAUUAGAUGGAGAAAUACCAGAAGGUUUGGAGGUCAACUGAAAUCUUCAGUUUUCAGAAACUGAAUUUUCACCUAUGAUUUCAUCAUUAGAUUGUUUUCUCUGAAUCAUUCUCUUGAAAGCCGUACCCUUUCCCCACCUCAAUUUUAUGCAAAUUCUUUUUUUUUUUUCAAAAAGCUGAUGAGGAUGGCAUGGUAUCAUGACAUAUGAUUAAUAGUAAUUAACUCCGAGUGAUUGCUGUGUAACGUGCUUUGAACUGGAUUUUUUUUUUUGCUUCUUAUGUUCCCAUUUCAGCUAUAAAGAUAAUUUGCCAUUUACCAUGUGAGACGUGAUAAAAUAAUUUUGUGUAUGUGUGUGAGUGAUGGAUGUCUUUGCAAGUUUGCUAUGAAUGCCUUGAGCCUUUUGCUCUGUCUUUCAGGGGAAGGAACAUAUUUUAGGUGAUUAAUGGUACAGUAUAACAAGUAGUCGGUACAUAAUAUUAGACCUAUGAGUGAUUCUUGUGCUUUUGGCGGGGUGUUAUGUUAAAAUUUAUCUAUAGCUCUGUCAGUCUUGAAGGUUUAAAGCCCUUUUCAAAGUGAAACUCUCAAUUUUUAAAUUCACUGACUACUAACAGUGCUCCCAAAUACUGUUCUUCAGAACCCUGGUUCUCUAUUUAAUGAGACUCCAGACUCCACAAGACAAUGUCAAGGCUACUGAUGCUUUUCCCUUUAAAAUGUUAAAUAUGAAAUUACUUCCAUAUCCAAAAUAUUAAUUAUCUUGUACAAUGAUUUUUUGAAUUAUGGAAAGAGGCUUAAUUUCUUCUAUCUUUCUGCCAAGUCUCCUUGACCUUUUUUCCCUGAGGAUAUUUCAUAACUCUAGAUGCCCAGGGCCACCCAUUAUGGAUCCCAUCAAUAUAUUUUGAGCCUCAGAGUGUUCACUGAUCAGAUUAAUUCAGUAAAUGUUUCACUCAGCUUCUUUUAAACCCAGAAGGAAAAAAUCAUUUCUGCUGUGGUUCCUUUGAAAAACGUUCCCCAAGGGAACAGGGAAAGAUAACAACUUGGGACCUCUUUAGUCUCUCUCAAAAAGAAAAAAGGAUUCAACACCCACCCUCUUUCCUCCCAAAAAACAAGACAAUGCUUAGACAUUCAUUGCUUAUUUCCUUGAAAAGGUCAAUAGCAAACUUAUGAAGACUUCCAUUAAAGUGUGGCAACAGGAUGAAAAUGAGACAGAAAUAAGAUAUGAACAAGGCUGCUAUGUUUACAGAGAAAGGUUAAGCAUAAUGUUGUAGUUUUGCACUGUCAAGUGUCCCCUCUCCCCCAAGUAAAAGUUUUCUGAAGAAACAAA